GUUGCGGUCUCAUCGGAGGCGCUUAAUGAAAAUGAAUAAGUUUUGUUCUGUCAUACUCAUUUGAUCAUCCCAGCGAAAAACAAAAGGACCCUUCUUUGGGUUCUCAGUUUCAUUCCUCACGAUUCAUCACUGAGCUCAUUAAAAGUCAGCAGUCUAGUAAUAGGAGUAGCCUAAGCAGCUGAGACAAACCAACGUGACGUCACAACCUAGCUUGUCCUAAAAUGGCUGGAGCCCAAUGCUAGUAGUGGGGAAAAAGUGAACAUUUUUUCUAGAAAAUACUGGUCAAUUUCAGAUUUGAAUGCAGGGACAUAUCUUAUCCAAGGUACAUUCCAUUACAUUUAUUUGGCAGACGCUUUUAUCCAAAGCGACGUAUAAAAAGUGCAUUUCAUGGUCAUAGACAACUACUAAACACAGGUUCAGUAAGGUAUAAUUCUACGGGUAAAAUGAGCGCCCCAUGCGGCACAUACAAGUAUUGCGAACAGUUUGGCAGGAUGUACAUCAUCAGUGCUAAAAGACCUGUACCACACCGUUGUAGUGUGCAGCGUUGCGUCAACUGUAAUGAUGAGCUGGUUGCUGAUAGUAGACACGUUCGUUACAUUAAGCAAGUCAAACCUGAACAGCCGAGUGACGCUGUGUGUAUUACGAUUUUGAGUGCCGACAGGAUGAUGGUGUACAUGUUGCUAAUUUUGUAUGUUGUAUCGAUUUUAACGGGGUGCGUUGGACAGCAGCGGGUGACGGUUGUGUGGAGGCCUUUUUCCGUCGGUUCCGCUCACCGAAAUACAAAGGGUACACAUUUAUUGCGCAAAUCGAAGGGUUAUGACAGCUACCUAAUUAUGCAACACUUGAUUAAACAAGGCAUCACACCACACAUUAUAUCUCAAGGCAGCAAACUGCUUUGUAUCACCGAUGAUGCAUUUGAGCAGCGUCACAUAGAUUCCCUCAGCUUCCUCACAAUGAAACUGAGCGCCAUGCCAUCGGAUUUAGGCUUUGAAAAUGCCAAAAAGGGCUACUUCCCACACUUCUGGAACACAGUCGCGAAUCAAAAUUAUACAGGACCGUACCCACCACCUUUAUACUAUGGUUACAAUACCAUGUCAGAAAAGGAGAGGUCUGAGUUUAUGCAAUGGUACGCAACCAUAUCUGGAAGGGUGUUUGACUUUCUCAAGGAGAUGUCUGAGUAUUGUAUUAAUGACGUGGUCAUUUUGCGGGAGGGGUGUCUGAGAUUUAGACGUGAGGUACUCGCACCGGUCUUGACCCUUUUCAGGGUGUUACAAUUGCUUCUGUAUGUAUGAAACAAUUCUGCACAAGUUUUUUGCCCAAAGACACACUGGCUAUCACCACCCCUGACAAUUACAUUCUCAAGCAAAAGUCUUUUUCAACACCGGCAAUUCAGUGGUUAGACAAUGUUUUUCAGUCAUCGUAACAAUGUUUUCAUACAACAUGCUUUGAAUCGGAGGGAGGUUAAAUUUGGACCAUACUUUUUAGACGGGUAUUCAGAGGUGGGCGGUGUACGUACAGCCUUUGAGUUCCUUGGUUGUCUGUUCCAUGGUUGUUGUCAGUGUUUUGAUGCAAACACCUUUAAUCCGCUCACAAAACAAGAUUUUGGCUCCUUGUAUCGAAAAUCUCAAGAAAAAAUAGAUAUUCUGUGUAACACCUACAAUCUGCAUGUAGUUGUUUUGUGGGAGCACGAAUGGGUAAGACUAAAACGGGAGAGUCCUGAGGUACCGGCAUUGUUUUGAUUAUCCAGAACGUCUGGAACCCCGUGAUGCUCUGUUUGGCGAUAGAACUAAUGCUCUUCGGCUUAAAUAUAAGGUGCAGGAAGAUGAGCAGAUACAUUACUAUGAUUUUACCAGUCUCUACCCUUUUGUGAAUAAGACUAAAGUUUACCUUACAGAUCACCCAUCAUCUUCCGUGCCUUUGACCCAAUCGAAAACUAUUUUGGUUUGAUCACAGCCAAAAUAUACCCACCUAGGGAUCUUUACCUACCCAUGCUACCUUACAGGGUGUCUGGAAAAUUAAUGUUUCCCCUCUGCAGGUCCUGCGCCGUCUCUGAACAUCAAGACAAAUGUUUACAUUCUGCCGAGGAGUGUUCUCUCACCGGGGUCUGGUGUAGUAUCAAACUAGUUGAGAAGGGAUACCAGGUGGCCAAGAUUUUUGAAGUCUGGCAUUUCCCCCAGCGCCCUGAUUCUCUCUUUAUCGAGUACAUAAACACACAUUUGAAGGGUAAACAGGAAGCCACUGGGUGCCCUUCAUGGGUGUCUAAUGAUCUGGAUAAAGACAGAUACAUGCAGUUAUUUGGAAAAGGAGGGCAUACAUUUAGACCCCAGCAAAUUUGUGUCAAUAAAGCUAAAAGGCAAAUUUCUAAACUUUUCCUGAACAGCCUUUGAGGUAAAUUCAGUCAGAGAACAAACCAAGUCAACACAACCUUGAUCCGUGACCUGGAGCAGUUUCAGUUGUACAUGUUUUUCCAAAGAGUAUGACAUUUUUCAUUUAUUACAGAUGAUGUGGCCCUUGUGCAGUGGUGUUGUGCCAAGGGUUUCUCAAAUCCACCCAAAUACAGUAAUAUGUUUAUAGCUGCAUUCACCACCGCUUACGCCCAGCUUGAGCUUUACGACCUCAUGGACAAAUUGCCUGACAGGGUUCUGUAUCAUGACACAGAUUCUGUAAUCUUUGUGAGUCGGCCAGGUGACUGGAUACCUCCACUCGGAGACUAUUUUGGUGAGUUGACGAGUGAGCUGGACACCGGUGACCACUUUGUGGAAUUUGUUUCCGGGGGUCCGAGAACAUGCUUACAGAACACGGGGAAGUAAAACAUGCAUGAGGUGCCACCGACCGACUGGAUUGGCGGCCGCCGUCACCCUGGCAGAGGACCACCUGGCGCUCUACCCCCGCAGCCAGUCACAGCAGCAGCAGCAAGCCCCAGGCUCAGUGGCGGCGGGGUUUGACCCACAGAGAGCUCCUCAGACACCCGGACCGAGGUGGGGCAGGUGGUUCAUGUUGUCGGCCGCCCACCUCCGCUCCCGACCCGGACGGAGCGUACUGUAUUCCGACCGAUGCGUAGGACAGAAGGCUGGGGGCUGUUUUGACCCAGCAGGUGGAGGGAGUCGACCGCCCCGUGCUGUACAUUAGCCGAAAACUGUUGCAACGGGAGGCGAAGUACAGCACGGUGGAGAAAGAGUGCCUCACCAUUCGGUGGGUGGUCGGGGCCCUCCGUUAUUACCUUCUGGGUCGCCCAUUCAUCCUCUGUUCGGACCAUGCCCCCCUCCAUGGUCCCCCCUCCACCGCAUGAAGGAUACCAACACCUGGAUCACUCGGUGGUAUCUGGCUUUACAGCCUUUUAACUUCCAGGUGGUCCAUAGACCGGGUGCAUGGAUGGUCGUGGCUGACUUCCGGGGGCGGGGGUUGGUCAUUGGCCGGAUGGCUCCCCGGCCUAAGUCGGGCGUUGGGGGUAUAUG